AUGCAGGGAUUCAAAAGUCUGGUGGUAAUGACCUUGACCUUCUUCCUGGUGUUUUCUUUCAUGGGAAAUUGCAACAGUGCUCCGCAGAGACUCUUCGAGAGAAGGAACUGGACUCCUCAAGCUAUGCUCUACCUGAAGGGUGCACAGGGGCGCCGCUUCCUUUCCGACCAGAGCCGGAGGAAGGACCUCUCCGACCGGCCGCCGCUCGAAAGACGAAGCCCAAAUUCCCAACGACUAACUCUUCCAGAGGCAGCAGCUGUACUAUUGGCUUUUUUGCAGAAACCACAAGAAGCUGGAGAAGAAAACUUGGAUCAAACCAGAUUCCUAGAAGACAGUCUGCUAAACUGGUGACAAUAUACCGGAUUCCAUUCAAUUAUCAUUCUAUUCUUGUUGAAAACAUGAGCCAUGUGAAUAAAGUCUGCGGACCCUUUUUCCUUCAUUUGUAAUCUUAGGAACAUGUGCAGCCAGUUUUAUUCUUCCAGAAGCUAAAGUGAUGCUGCAUUCUUAGAACAUCAUUGCUUUCUUCCAUGACUUCAGGUCCUGUUUAGAUUACCUGGUAUCUUACUCUUGAAUUUAACCCAUUUAUAGUUAUUAGGUUGAAGACUCUUUAAAGUGUUCCUUCUUUUUGUUACAAUACCCAUCUUGAUUUAAUCAUUCUUAGUUUUUUUUUUUGUUUUUUUUUUUCAUUUUAUUACCCACUUGCAUUAUCUUAGCACUCAACAGUGAAUCUCCUCUCCUUUCCCCCCUUUCCUCACCUCCAAGGAGAGAGAGGUGGGAAGCAUGGGAGGAUGGGAAAGAGUGAAAUGUGAUUGUCAGUAUCCAGGAGAGGUGAGUUGUCAGGAAGGGAAGCAGGGGGAUGACUGGGAAGAAGCCCUGUGAUCAGUCAGGACACUGCAGUUGCUGAGGGAGGGGACCCUUGGUGAGGCAGGAGGCAGUGGAAGGUUCUACAGCGGGGUGCUCCCCCUGUGCUCUCUGGGGAUUUCCUUGAAUUCAGUUUAGAAACGAGGAUCUAAAAAUUACUGGAAAAUAAGAUGGAAACACACUCCACUCCUGGAUAUACUGUACAAAAGAAAUGAAUCAUUUUUUUUAGAGCCAUUUUCCUUGGCUAAGCAGAUUCAAAGAUUGCUUAUUCUAACUGUCUAGAACUUGAGGCUUUAUUUGCCCCUGGAGGAGGAAAUAGCAACCCACUCCAGUGUUCUUGCCUAAGAAAUCUCAAGGACAGAGGAGCUUGGCAGGCUGCAGUUCACAGGAUUGCAAAGAGUCAGACAUGACUGAGAGAUUGAGCACAAACUAGACUUUAUUUGCAUUAAAACAUAACAUAAAGGCACCCCGAGAAUGUAAGUGCAUGAUACUAUGCCUCGUUUAUUUUUAAAUUCAACUAUAAAGUCGACAGUUUUUCAGUACUGUCUGAAAAAUAAAAUAUGCACUACCUACACCAAGCAUAUAGUAUAUUUAUUUGGAAUUACAAUAUGACCAGCAUGUUAAUUAUUUCUGACUUAAUUAAUUGAAAAUUGUUACUGAUAAUUGUCAUAAGUGGAAAGCAUUGUCAAUUCUUAUUAUCAUCAGUACAUAAGCUAUUAGUAAGUAGGUAAAGAAUAUCAUUAUAUGAAUGUCUCUGUAACUUGGAAUUACAGUUUUAUUGUAUUAAGUAAACAAAAGCCUAUAUGUAAGAUGUGUCUGUAUCUCAUUUCAUAAUUGAAUAACGAAACUGUUUUCAAGUUAAUGUAACAUGGCUCUCUGCCAAAAAGUUAAUAUGCUAGCAUUAAAAAAUUCUUUGUGGUAUUA